GAGUGAAAGAGCGAGAGAGAGGCAGAGAACAGUCGAAAGUGCAUGCAAGAGUGAGAGAAAAGAAAGAGAGUGGGCGCGUCAGAGAUAGUGAACACGUUAGAGAUUGAGAGAAAGAGUCUCUAAGGUAGGAUAGGUAAAGGUGAGGUAUCGUGAGAGUAUUUGGUUAGUGGACCGUCAGAAUCCUGCCCUCUAAUUGGUUACUGAGAGUUGGAGUGACAGUCUGGUCCCUCCCCUGAGUGUGUAUGUAUGCGUGAGAGCAGACAGAGAGGCUGAGAGGCACAGAGGCAGUCUCUAACUCUAUCCCAGCCCUCAGCCCCUCAGACCCACUCUCUCUCACUCACUCACAGAUGCACCCUCAGCGCUGGCUCGGGCUCCGCUUCAACACUGGGACACAGAGAGAGGCAGCAAGAGUCUGAGGGAGAGUAAGAGUGAGGGAGUGAGAGAGAGGAAGAGAGAGGGAGAUCGGUAGUGCGUGAGUGUGUGUGUGUGUGUGUUUGUGUGUGUGUGUAAGCACCAUGUCUUCAGACCCAGGGCUCAUAGCACUGUUUCUAUGGACUAUAUCACUACAGACUCUGGGCACCGCUGGAAACAACAACAACAACAACAAUGAAGUGAAUCUACUAGACACCUCCUCAAUAUCAGGAGACUGGGGCUGGCUAACAUACCCAUCACAUGGGUGGGAUGCUAUAAAUGAGAUGGAUGAGUAUUUCAGUCCCAUCCACACGUACCAGGUGUGUAACGUGAUGAGUCCCAGUCAGAACAACUGGCUGAGGACAGGCUGGAUCCCUCGUGACGGAGCGAGGAGGAUCUACAUCGAGGUCAAGUUCACCCUCCGGGACUGUAACAGCAUGCCUGGAGUCCUGGGAACCUGCAAGGAGACAUUUAACCUGUACUACUAUGAGUCGGACCGAGCUGUAGGCACGGCCAUCAGAGAGACCCAGUUCACCAAGAUCGAUACCAUCGCUGCUGAUGAGAGCUUUACUGGAGUGGACCUGGGAGUCAGGAGACUCAAACUCAACACAGAAGUGCGGGGUGUGGGCCCCCUCACUAGACGAGGCUUCUACCUGGCCUUCCAGGACAUUGGGGCGUGCAUCGCCCUGACCUCAGUCAGGGUGUACUACAAGCGCUGCUCAGGCGUGGGCCGCAACUUGGCCGUGUUCACUGACGUGGUGACAGGCGCUGACUCCUCCUCCCUGGUGGAGGUCAGGGGUCAGUGUGUGGACCACGCCGAAGAGAGAGACACGCCCAAGAUGUACUGCAGCGCUGAGGGGGAGUGGCUGGUGCCCAUCGGGAGGUGUAUAUGCAGUGCGGGGUUCGAGGAGCACAGGGAGUCCUGCAUCGCGUGUGAGGUGGGUUUCUAUAAGCCAAUGGCAGGUGAUGGGUUGUGUGGGAGGUGUCCUCUACAAAGCCACUCAGAGACCAGAGCUGCCCUCUACUGCCCCUGUGACUCCAGCCACUACAGGGCCCUUACAGACCCCCCUGCUGCACCCUGCACAAGCCCCCCAACAGCUCCAGUUAACAUGAUAUCGUCGGUUAACGGUACGUCAGUGAAUCUGGAGUGGGGGCGACCGCUGGACUCGGGGGGUCGCAGUGACCUGCUGUACAGCGUGCUCUGUCAGAAGUGCUCUGGGGAAGGGGGGCAGUGUGAGGACUGUACAGCAGGGAUGGGUUCAACCAGUGGGGGAGAGGGGAUGGGAGGAGGGGGUGGAGGGACGGUGGACCACUCUGGGGUGGUCCCGGUGCGGUUUGUUCCCCGGCAGAGCUCGUUGACCGAACCCUGGGUUACCGUUCUAAACCUGGUUGCCCACGCCAACUAUACCUUCCGUAUCCUUGCGAUGAAUGCCGUGACUCACCUAAGCAAUGAGCCAGCGCCCUUCAUAUCUGUCAACAUCACCACGAACCAGGCAGCCCCUUCCCAGGUGAUCGCCAUUCGCCAGGAGAACGCCAGUCAGAACAGCGUCACUCUGCAGUGGCACGAGCCUGACCAGCCAAAUGGAAUCAUACUAGAGUAUGACAUCAAAUACUAUGAGAAGGAUAAGGAGCAGCAAAGUUAUUCCACCCUGAAGGCUAAGGGGACCACGGCCCUGGUGUCUGGCCUGAAGCCUGGUACCAGGUACAUUUUUCAGGUCCGGGCCAGAACCUCAGCAGGCUGCGGACGCUUCAGCCAGAAUGUGGAGAUCCAGACCGGGAAAGCAAUUCCUCUGCGCUACGACACUAUGACUAUCAUCUGGAUCUGUAUGGCGCUGGUCUCUGGCCUGGUCACCUUCCUGGCCAUCGUCAUCUGCAGGAAACGGCAAGGCAACCCUUUCUUACACUACACCACUACCCGUGAUGUGGAUGAGUCCUCUCUGACUCUACGUCACUCAUAUACUCACUGUGGCUAUAGCAAGGCCUUCCAGGACUCUGAUGAGGAGAAGAUGCACUACCAGAAUGGCCAUGUGUCAUUCCCCGACGUGCGAUUCUACAUCGACCCACACACCUACGAGGACCCUUGCCAGGCCGUCCACGAGUUUGCCCGAGAAAUUGAAGCUUCCAGGAUCAGAAUAGAGAAAAUCAUUGGGUCAGGUGAGUUUGGGGAGGUGUGUUACGGGCAGAUGCGUCUCCCAGGGAAGAGAGACAUUCCGGUGGCUUUGAAGACACUGAAAGCAGGAUACAGUGACAAGCAGAGGAGGGACUUCCUGGCUGAGGCAUCAAUCAUGGCCCAGUUUGACCACCCUAAUGUCAUUCACCUGGAGGGAGUGGUCACACGCAGUAAACCAGUCAUGAUCAUCACUGAGUACAUGGAGAAUGGAUCUCUGGACUCUUUCCUGAGGAAACAUGAUGGUCAGUUCACUAUAAUCCAGCUGGUGGGCGUGAUGCGUGGCAUCGCGGCGGGUAUGACCUACCUGGCAGACCUAGGCUACAUCCAUCGUGACCUGGCAGCUCGUAACAUCCUGGUCAACAGCAACAUGGUGUGUAAGGUGUCUGACUUCGGCCUGUCCAGAGUCCUGGAGGACGAUCCUGAUGCAGCAUACACCACCAGCGGUGGUAAGAUUCCAAUCCGCUGGACAGCACCGGAGGCCAUUGCCUACAGGAAGUUCUCCUCUUCCAGUGAUGUGUGGAGCUAUGGCGUGGUCAUGUGGGAGGUCAUGUCAUAUGGGGAGAGGCCAUACUGGAACCUCACCAACAGAGAUGUGAUAAAGUCAGUAGAGGAGGGCUACAGGCUACCUGCUCCUAUGGGCUGUUCAGGUGCUCUACACACUCUCAUGCUGGACUGCUGGCAGAAGGACCGCAACGAGAGGCCCCGGUUCUGCCAGAUCGUUACAGUUUUAGACAAGCUGAUCCGGAACCCAGAGCACCUCAAGUCCAUGGACACGCUGUGCAGGUUAAGCACACCUCCCAUGAUGGACAGAAGUAUCCCAGACUUCAGCAGCUGUAGUUCUGUGGAUGAGUGGCUGGACACCAUCAAGAUGGGCCGAUACAGGGACCAUUUUGCUGCAGGAGGCUACCUGACCCUAGGCCACGUCGUAGGCAUGAACCAAGGGGAUAUCCACAGGCUGGGGGUGACACUGAUGGGCCACCAGAAGAAGAUCAUGACCAGUGUACAGCUGAUGCGUGUCCAGGUGCUCAACAGAAGUGUGCCCUCGGUGCACGUAUAACUUCAGCCUCAAGGCUUCUCCAGCCAGCCGAUUUUCAAAUCUAGGCCCAGGCUUCUGAGGCCUAGUCGGAACUCAUGGGAAGUGAUCUAUGACUAUCAGAGAAACUACAAUGUCCAGGUGACAAUUUGGUUAACUUUUCAAGACCUCUUCUUUGAGAGAUUGAAACUUCAAGAGUACGGAUAUGAAGGGACUUGAGUACCAUAGCCUUUGUUUUUCCUAUUCAGAUAUGUUUCAUGUCUUGUUUGUAAAAAUGUAUGGACUGCCUUAAUCUCCACAAAUGAUUUAAAUGUUGUUGUAUACAAAGAGAUAUUCUAUUCAUAUUAAUGUAUCAGUUAAGUAUACGUUACAAUGGAUCUGAGUGAUAGCCUAGCAUACAGUAAGCGAGAGACUGGCAGGGGCUGGAGCACUGAGCUGUGUCCCCCAGCACACAGCUUCUCCUAUGAUUCCCCUGAGAACCGCCCCCAGAACCCUGUACACUUACAUGGCACAAGAAGACCCUGGAUCUGAACCUGACAGUGGACAAACAGCAACAACCUAGUCGACUCACCAGAAAUUCCAAGUCUCCUCCACUAAGAAGGAGGCCAGUUCCAACUUGGCUAUGAAAGACUGUACGGAGUCACAAUCUCACACAGUAAACAUUCGAAGGACCCUAGGAGAGAAGUACUGUGUUCUCUCCCUGGUACAGCUGCGUAGCUCACAACUACUGUAGAACAGAUGGAUGGAUGAUGACUCAUUGUGAUUAUAGUGUUUUGACUCUGUGGUGGUAAGGACAAAACAAGGAAUAGGGAAAGUGCUGUAUGUGGAAUGUUUUUAUCUAUAUACUCUGAAAACAAUAUUAUUGACGGUCCUAGUUCCACUGUGCAAUCAAGAGAAUGGUUUUCUAAUGCACAUAUGUUUGAUUUCCUGAAUAAGUGGUCUAUGUCUCUUUUUAUUAGAGAAGAAGCUCAUUAUAUUCCCUGAAUAUGCAUUGUUUAACUAUGGUGACAUUUCAAUAAUGUUUCCAGAUUUUUCUCCUGAGACACUUUUUUUUUUAAACACUGGACUUCAAUAGAAAUUCCAUAUUUUAUGAAAGUAUGUUUUAUUAGAUCUAUCAAUUGACAAACAACCUUCCGUUUUCUAUACCAGUACAUACCUACGGUCACUAGAACUGUUUUCUAUACCAGUACAUACCUACGGUCACUAGAACUGUUUUCUAUACCAGUACAUACCUAUGGUCACUACAACUGUUUUCUAUACCAGUACAUACCUACGGUCACUAGAACUGUUUUCUAUACCAGUACAUACCUACGGUCACUAGAACUGUUUUCUAUACCAGUACAUACCUACGGUCACUACAACAGGAUGUACUAACCUCUGUCUGAAAUUAGGGGCUCUAGUCAAUCAGUAUCGCUGAAUCGUUACAGAUUGCUCAAUAGAUAUUUUAAGGUAAUUUCCGAUUAAGCCGAAAAAUGCAGUGUUUAACGUGAAUGCUGUCUCCACUAACGCAGGAACAUUGCCUUUAAAUUUCAAUCAUGCUGUAACGCUGAACUUCCGGAAUACAGAUUAAAUAGAGCCCUAGGUCUAUUUGCUCUCAAACAAAAUUCAAAAGACAAAAGCUUUUUGCAAAGAUUGAUGGAUCAUCCUUGUUUGUCAUGUUGAAUCAUAUAAUACAAAUAGUGACUGAAAAAGCAAUACCCCUCUGUAUGCACGGCUCAGUGCUGAGUCCACUGCCAUGAUUCACCUGGGAAGAAAUAAAAUGGGUUGUGGUUAGGGUCUAUCCAGAAUGUGGGCAUGUAGUUUGGGUUAAGGUUGGGGUUAGGGUAUGAUAAUAGCUAUGGUUUGGGUUGAUCCGGAGUGUGGCCUUGAAGCUAUACAUUCAAUCCCUGGAUUUAGGUAUGUUUUAAACCAUUUCACCAGAAGUUCAUUGAAGCUAAGGUUAAGGUUAGGGUUAGUGCUCGGGUUGAUCCAUGGUGUGGCCUUGGAGCUACACACUCCAUCCCUGGAUUGAGGUAAGAUUUCAUACAUUUCACUUGAAGUUCACCGAGGCUAGCGUUAAGGUUAGGGCUAAAAAAUAUAUAUUUGAUGAAAAAUUGUAUUUGGCCUUCCUGCUAUUAGCCGAUGCAAACACAUUGAAUAACAUAUUCACCACAUGGAACAACAGAUAGUCCCAAAAAACUAAUCUAAAAGAAGUUUGUUCUGAAGUGUCUGUCUAGUAUAUCUGAGAGAUAGAAGAAAGAUCAGGAUAUAAACAUAUUUAACCCCUUAUUUUUGGCACUAAACAGUCUCCACAUAUACUUCCAUGAUUUUUUUCCACUGGUACCGGGGGAACUUCAGACGAGACAUGAGGCCUGUGGGCGUCCUAGAGCAAAACAACCGACAUGUACAGUACGUGUUCGUGAGACACUUACCUUUCCACAAACUGUUCAGAUGCUACAGACAGAAGUUGGAAGAUCGGCAGUACUGACUUCAGACAGGUCACAAGACACUUGUGGGGGUCAUAGAGCAAAAGAGAUCUUAUCUUUCCAUAGAGGGAUCAACAUAUUUUUCCUAGGCCAAACCGUUCGGAGGGUACUUUACACCACUGUGUGCUUGUAAUAGUUUGUAGGCCAGACCGUUACGUCAGAUCAGAGGCAGUAGGGAUGACGAGUUAUAUUGAUAGGUGCGUGAAUUGGACCAUAUUGCUGUCCUGCCUGAGCAUUCUAAAUGAAACUUGUACUUUUGGGUGUCAGGAAAAAUGUAUGGGAGUAACAAGUACAUAUUUUCUUUAGGCAUGUAGUGGAGUAAAAGUAAAAGUAAUAAAAAAUCUGAAUUUA